AAGCACACAGUCCUCAACUCCGACAACAAAAGAACGCAUAAUCCAAAUCCAAUCCACCAUCCAUCCCGGAAAGUAAAGCAGGAAAGAUUCAUUGUUGAAUCUGAACGUCUGGAAGCUGUAUCAGUCGGAAAGGCAUCGUUUGCUUUGCGAAAAAGCAGUCAUUAGCUAAAGAUUCAAAUGGAUCCCGAGGAUUAUCCAAGCGACAGUGACGCUAGUGAUGAAGAUUUCCGACCCGAUAAAGUUGAAGAUGACUCCGCGAGUGAAGUAGAUUCCGACGACAAUUUGGAAGGCCACGACGCAGAAGACGAUGGCGAGGAAACUGGCGGUGGGGGAAGAAAACGAAAGCAAAAGUCCAAAAAGGCCGGUAACAAGAAAGCCAAGGUUGAUAACUCUGCAACUAAAGAGAAGAAAGAAUCCACUGGCGAUGAAAAUUUGAAAGAGGACGACGAAGACGAGGAACGAUUGACUGAUGCUCUUUGGGCGGAUUUUCUAGCAGGUACCGGAAAUUCUAAUGGCCCUAAAAUCUCUGAGCCUAAAACGGCUACUUCUACUAAAAAGGAACUACCCCGAAAGACUCCAGAGACCACAAAAACUACACCAGAACCAAAUAAAAUUGCAACAGUCACGAAAAUAUUCGAAUUUGCCGGAGAAGCUGUUGAAGUGACGGAAGAGGUUUCCAAAAGUCCAGCUGGACAAUCAGUCAAACCAAUUGGAAAGGCCGCUUUGGGAUCAUCCAAUGGAAAUGCUGGCCCAGCCAAACCGUUCAGUGGACGUCCUUCUGGAGGGGGACUCGGAGCAGUAUUAGGUCAAAUUGGCAAGAAGAACAAGCUAAGCACCCUAGAGAAGACGAAACUUGAUUGGAACAGUUUUAAGCGCUCUCAAGGAAUCGAAGAGGAACUGCAAACGCACAAUAAAGGCAAAGACGGCUACCUGGAAAGGCAAGACUUCCUCCAGAGGGCUGAUGUGCGACAGUUCGAAAUAGAAAAAUCCUUCCGUCAGACCACCAGGAGUAAUCGAUAAGACUUAUUGCCGCUAGGAAAUCCAUUCAAAAAAUCACUUCUCAUUUCCUAUUGUUUGCUUGUAAAGCAAUCUAAACUAUAUGCUGCGAACAAGUGUAUGUAAUUGCAAAUUGUCCUAAUUAUAUUUACCUACAUAACUGAUCGCUUGCAUAAUGCUUAUGGACAAAUAACAAUUAUCAACUGCAUUCAAAA